AUGGCUUGUAUGAUCAUCUCGCGGACUCACUACACCAUUGACAUCUUCAUCGCCUACUGGCUGUCAAAUUUUGUUUUCCGGACUUAUCACGCUUUCUGCGAAGUGGACAUUUUUAUGGAGCGGAGGAAAUCUGUACUGUACGGAUUGUGGAUGCUUUGGAUUGUGGAAUGGCUCGAAGAUGAUAUUGUGCCGGGAAAGUGA